GUUGGUUGUAGUAUUAGUAUUUCAAGUAUUCGUCCUGUAGAAAAUUCAAAUAAACGAAAUGGUUUCGUUUUGGCAGGUGUUUGGCACAAUAAAUGAUAAAAGCCUAAAUAACAUUAUUGGUAUAAUUAUAGCGGUAAUAUUAUUUUUGGUAGUUCUAUAUUAUAAAAUAGUAAACCGGAGAAAGACGUCAUUGGCAAAUCGAAUACCCGGUCCAGAUGGAUUCUUUUUCUUGGAAAUGUUACCAGUUUUACUUGGAGGACCUAAAAAAGUAAUGAUGAAUAUUUUCCAAAUUUCCAGAAAUUACGAAAAUACUUUAUUCAAAUCAUGGGUUAUUAAUCGAUUGUACAUAUUUUCUAAAACACCUGAGGUUUUAGAAGCAGUUCUUACCAAUCCUAAUCUGUUUAACAAACCUAAAGAAUAUAAUGUGUUUAGCGAAUCAUUUAUGGGCAAUGGAUUAUUUUUAAACAAGAAGUUUCAUGAAUGGAAAAAGAACAGCGGGUUAAGACACGACAGCUACAACGAACGCGUGUGCAAUAAUUAUGUUGGCUCCCCUUUAAGAUGUACAAAAUAAAGUAUUGGAAGAGUUAUUAACAAUGUUUUCUUCUGGCGAUCCUUAUCGACAACCUACCUAUGAGGAUUUACAAAAGAUGCAAUACUUGGAACGUGCAAUCAAAGAAACUCUGAGACUACAUACCGUUACUCCCGUGUUUGCCAGGAAAGUCGAAAAGGAAACAAUGAUUGGAGGCUAUUUAAUCCCUGAAGGCACGGCCGUAGACAAAUUGUUCGAUAGAUUGCCAUCACAUUCGGUGUUGGUCAUAAUAAACGAUACAAGCCUAAAAAAAAUGGCCUUUGAACCUCAUAAAAAGAUACGAUCUCUCGUUAUGCAAGAGUUGAAAAAAAUAAAACACUCAAGAGUGUCAUGCAUGGUAAAAGAUUUAAGCCAAAUAAAUAGUAUCGUUAUACUUAUAGCGGUAAUAUUAUUUUUAGUAGUCCUAUAUUUUAAAAUAGUAAACCGGAGAAAGACAACAUUGGCAAAUCGAAUACCAGGUCCAGAUGGAUUAUUUUUCUUGGGACUGUUACCUGAUUUAUUACUUCGAGGACCUAAAAAACUGUGGAUAAAUUUAUUAGAAAUUAGCAGAAAAUACGAGAAUACCUUAUUCAAAGGAUGGAUUUUAAAUCACUUAUGCAUAUUUUCUAAAAAUCCUGAAGUUGUACAAGCGGUUCUUACCAAUCCUAAUCUGUUCAAAAAACCUAAAGAAUAUAAUGUGUUAAACGAAUCAAUUAUGGGCGAUGGAAUAUCUUCGAGCAAGAUAUUUCAUGAAUGGAAAAUGAACAGAAAAUUGGUAGCUUCGGGUUUUAAAUUUUCGAUGCUUAAAUCGUUCGUACCAAUAUUUUACGAGGAAGCAAAAUUCUUAAGCCAGGUGUUGUACGAGAAACAGGAAAUCAGUACAAAUGAAUGUGAAAUAAGCUGGGCAAUCGGUAUGGCGACUUUGGAGAUGAUCGGAAGAACCGCUUUGGGUGUCAAAUUGAAUGCACAGAAAAACGCCAAACACGUAUUUGUGGAGAAUUUACAUGUCAUACUAAAGGUUUGGGAAUACCGAAUGACACACCCGUGGUUUAUGAACAAGAGUCUGUUCCAGUUGUCGGCGUUUAAACGUAAACAAGACAUUAGUCAAAGAGGUCAGGACACGACACCUAUGACGAACGCGUGCUCAACAUUUAUGUUGGCUCAUCAUCAGGAUGUACAAAAUAAAGUGUUGGAAGAGUUAUUGACAAUAUUUUCUACUGGCGAUCCGGAUCGACAACCUACCUAUGAGGAUUUACAAAAGAUGCAAUACUCGGAACGUGUAAUCAAAGAAACUCUGAGACAUUUUCCCCUUUUUCCCUUGUUUGGCAGAGACGUUGAAAAAGAAACAAUGAUUGGAGACUUUUUAAUCCCUGCAGGGUCAACGUUCGUAAUUUUCCCUACUCUGUUACACUUGAAUGCGGACAUUUACCCGGAACCAGAGAAGUUCAACCCGGACAACUUCUUGCCCGAAGCAUGUGAAAGCCGGCAUCCGUAUUCGUUUGUUCCUUUUAGUGCUGGUUACAUGAAUUGCCCUGGUAUCAAAUAUGCAAUGCUUCAAAUGCAAAUUGUCAUCUCAACACUGGUCCGGUCUUAUCGUUUUCAUCCGUCGGAUAAGUGUUUUAAACCUGAAAAUCUUCGUGUAAUGUAUUCGACGACAUUAAAGUUUGUCGACAGGUGUUACGUUAAAACAGAUGCCAGAACGUAAUCAAUUAUUGAAGCAAGGUUUCGAACCAGAAUUAUUCACAUUUUUGGAUAGGAUUAUUCGGAUAUUAUGUAAUCAUAUUAAUUAGGGUUUCGAUAUUUUUAAAUUUUAGGUAUAUCGGUUUUGGUUAUUAUUUUAUUAUACCAAUUUGUUGGUGUUGUCUUUCUUAAUAUUUUCUAUAAUCUUUUUAAGCUGUCUAAAUACAUU